AUGGCCAACAACAGUCAGGGUUCGCUGGUUACUGGUGGCUUCUAUGGCGGCCGCGAGCACGCCGACCAAAUGGCAGCAAUGUUGGGAAUGGGAGAUAGAGAGAAUCCUAUCCUUGACGGCUGCAGUGGCCUACCUCCAAAGAGAUCGUUCCUCGGCCCCGACGGUGUCUUCGCCUCUCGAGGUCCCAUGAUCCGCCGCUCCACACUUGCAGACAGGCUUGAGUUGGACGCACUUCUUGCCAGGGCCAAGGUCACCUACGAUGGCCACGUCUACCUUCCUCUCACCGCCGAGACCAUCCACCACCUCCUACCCUUCUUCAACGGCUCGAAGCCGAUCGCGGACAAGAAGCUUUUCGAGUACAUUAUGAUCGACCACGAGGUCAACAGCGUUCACGCCGACCACGUCGUUGCCUGCCUCGAGCGCAUCGGCGAGCUCUGCAAGCAUCUGCUGGUCAUGUCGCCGGUCCACACCUCCGAGCUGGGCAGCGUCUUCAAGCGUGACUUGCUUGAAGUCAGCCCUGGAAACGACUGGAGCCACAUUCUCAAUUGCUUUCCAAACCUCGAGCGCCUGGCAUUCGUGCACCCGAUCCACGAGCCUGUCGAUCUGAGCCGUGGAACCUUCUUCGCGCUUCGCACGGCUGUUGCCAACCGCCAGGCUGCAAAGGGGCCCAUGGGCUUCAAGUACGAGGUUCCGAAGCAGAUCACCAACUAA